UUUUGAUGCUUCCUCCCCUUGCAGGCCGCUGAGGAGUCCGCCGGGAGCUCGGCUUCUUGUUUAAAACACAGGCCUCAAGACAAGCGGCUCUGGUGGUGCCCUGAACGGCUCAUGGCUCUUAAUUGCAUUCUUCAGCGCGCACCAGACCACUAACGAGGGUGUCGGCUUAAAAACAGUGUUUACAGAAUUUGUUUGUGCCUCCAUUUGUUUUGAGAGUCUAGUGUUUUCACAAUUGGAGGCAACUUGCCUCCAAGUGUCACACGAAGGCCGGCGGGGGCUUCUGUGGCCGACGCGUGCGAGUCCGCUUCAUCGGCGCAGUGGACGCCAGAGCGCGGCUGCUUGGGGACAGCUGGGCCGCCCCUGCCCUGCCCGGGUCCGGCACAGGCAGCUUCGCUCUAGACGGGGUGUUUUGAAACUCUCAGCGGAGUGAGUUUUAAACAGCGGGGACGUGGCACGAUCACCUGGUGUUGCUGGUCCAGGAGCGAGCGGCUCAUCGUGAGAGGGAGACUUGAGGGCGCGUUCGGGCCUGGUGGGCGCAUGUGAGAUGGGUCCACUCUCUUCCUCAAGCCCCUCCUCCUGCCUUGCCCUGCUGCAGCCUGGUGCACCUGCUGAGCUGGGCUGCCAUCCCUUGGCCUUCUGUGUGAAUACAAUAAAGGCGUGACGCUGGGUUCUCGUCACUGUGCCGAAAAGUAGACUUUAAACUGCAGGCUCAGAGGACUGGGCUUCCAAGGUUAAAAAAUACCAGUCAAGUCUGCUGGAUUUGACGGCUCCGCCGGGUACAGGUGUGGAGACUCGUGCUGGUCUGUGCUGUUACAGUAAGCUAAGCGCAAGAGCGAAAUUCGAGCUCAACUGGUGGAACAACAAAAAUGCCUGGAGCAGCAAACAGAGAUGCGAGUUCAGCUUCUCCAAGAUCUGCAGGAUUUCUUCCGGAAAAAAGCCGAAAUCGAGACUGAGUAUUCUCGGAACCUGGAGAAGUUGGCAGAACGAUUCAUGGCCAAGACGAGGAGCACGAAGGACCAUCAGCAAUACAAGAAAGACCAGAACUUGCUGUCUCCCGUGAACUGCUGGUAUUUGCUCCUGAACCAAGUGAGGCGAGAGAGCAGAGACCACGCCACCCUGAGCGACAUCUACCUGAACAACGUCAUCAUGCGGUUCAUGCAGAUCAGCGAGGACUCCACCAGGAUGUUCAAGAAGAGCAAAGAGAUUGCCUUCCAGCUUCAUGAGGAUUUAAUGAAGGUUCUUAACGAGCUCUAUACGGUGAUGAAAACUUACCACAUGUACCAUGCAGAGAGCGUCAGUGCAGAGAGCAAGCUCAAGGAGGCCGAAAAGCAAGAGGAAAAGCAAAUCGGCAGGUCUGGCGACACAGUCUUCCACAUUAUACUUGAAGAGCGUCACCAGCGGCGGAGCUCUGUAAAGAAAAUUGAAAAAAUGAAAGAAAAGAGACAAGCAAAGUAUUCGGAAAAUAAGCUAAAAUCAAUUAAGGCACGGAACGAAUAUCUCCUCACGCUUGAAGCAACCAAUGCCUCAGUUUUCAAGUAUUAUAUUCAUGAUCUCUCAGAUCUAAUUGAUUGCUGUGACCUUGGCUACCACGCAAGUCUGAACAGAGCUCUGAGAACAUACCUCUCUGCGGAGUACAACCUGGAAACCUCCAGACACGAAGGCCUGGACAUUAUCGAGAACGCGGUGGACAACCUGGAGCCCCGGAGUGACAAGCAGAGGUUGCUGGAGAUGUUUCCUGCCGCCUUCUGUCCGCCCGUGAAGUUUGAGUUUCAGUCUCACAUGGGUGAUGAGGUGUGUCAGGUCAGCGCCCAGCAGCCGGUCCAGGCGGAGCUCGUGCUCAGGUACCAGCAGCUGCAGUCCCGACUGGCCACGCUCAAAAUCGAGAACGAGGAGGUUAAGAAGACGACAGAAGCCACCCUGCAGACAAUACAGGACAUGGUCACCAUCGAGGACUACGACGUGUCCGAAUGCUUCCAGCACAGCCGCUCCACGGAGUCGGUGAAGUCGACCGUCUCGGAAACCUACCUGAGCAAGCCCAGCAUCGCCAAGAGGAGGGCGAACCAGCAGGAGACCGAGCAGUUCUACUUCAUGAAACUCAGAGAAUACUUGGAAGGUAGCAAUCUCAUCACAAAACUCCAAGCCAAACACGACCUGUUGCAGAGGACCCUUGGAGAAGGUCACAGAGCUGAAUAUAUGACUACAAGGCCUCCAAAUGUUCCCCCUAAGCCCCAGAAACACAGGAAGGCCAGACCCCGCUCACAGUAUAAUGCUAAGUUGUUUAAUGGGGAUUUGGAAACAUUCGUCAAGGACUCAGGACAGGUUAUCCCUCUCAUUGUGGAAAGCUGCAUUCGGUUCAUCAAUCUCUAUGGUCUGCAGCACCAGGGGGUGUUCAGAGUGUCCGGCUCCCAGGUGGAAGUCAAUGACAUCAAAAACUCAUUCGAGAGAGGUGAAAACCCUUUGGCUGACGACCAGAGUAACCACGACAUCAACUCCGUGGCCGGCGUGCUGAAGCUCUACUUCCGUGGGCUGGAAAACCCCCUCUUUCCUAAGGAAAGAUUCAAUGAUCUGAUUUCUUGUAUCAGAAUAGAUAAUCUCUAUGAGAGGGCACUUCACAUCCGCAAACUGCUCCUCACCUUGCCCAGGUCGGUCCUUAUCGUGAUGAGGUACCUCUUUGCUUUCCUCAAUCAUCUCUCGCAGUACAGUGAUGAAAACAUGAUGGACCCGUAUAACUUGGCCAUUUGUUUUGGUCCAACACUGAUGCCCGUUCCAGAAAUUCAGGAUCAAGUGUCUUGCCAGGCUCACGUGAAUGAAAUUGUCAAAACCAUCAUCAUCCACCACGAGACUAUUUUCCCGGAUGCUAAAGAGCUGGAAGGCCCAGUUUAUGAGAAAUGCAUGGCUGGAGAUGACUACUGCGACAGCCCCUACAGCGAGCACGGCGCGCCCGAGGAGGCAGACCCCGACGCGGGCACCGGGCCGCACACCAGCGACGACGAGUGUGAGCCCAUAGAAGCCAUCGCCAAGUUCGACUACGUGGGGCGCUCGGCCCGGGAGCUGUCCUUCAAGAAGGGCGCCUCGCUGCUGCUGUACCAGCGCGUGUCCGGGGACUGGUGGGAGGGCCGGCACAGCGGCGUGGAGGGGCUGGUGCCCCACCAGUACAUCGUGGUGCAGGACCUGGACGACACAUUUUCAGACACUCUGAGCCAGAAGGCCGACAGCGAGGCCAGCAGCGGGCCGGUCGCUGAGGACAAGGCCUCAUUCAAGGACCUGAGCUCCCCCACGGACCGCCAUCCCGACGGCUGCGUGGCCAGGCAAAGAAAACGAGGCGACCCGCCCCCUCCAGCGAGGCGUCCUGGCAGGACCAGUGACAGCCACUGCCCUCUGCACCCCCCUCAUGCCCUCUCCAACUCCUCAGUUGACCUGGGGUCCCCGAGCCUGGCCAGCCACCCCCGGGGCCUCCUGCAGAACCGCGGCCUCAACAGCGACAGUCCCGAGAGGAGGCGCCGGCCGGGCCAUGGCAGCCUGACCAACAUCAGCCGGCACGACUCGCUCAAGAAGACCGACAGCCCUCCCAUGAGGAGGUCCACGUCCUCGGGCCAGUACACGGGCUUCAAUGACCACAAGCCACUGGACCCGGAGUCCAUCGCUCAGGACAUCGAAGAGACGAUGAACUCGGCCUUGAACGAGCUCCGGGAACUGGAGAGGCAGAGCACGGCCAAGCACGCCCCCGACGUGGUGCUGGACACUCUGGAGCAAGUGAAGAAUUCUCCCACCCCGGCCACCUCCACGGAAUCGCUCAGCCCUUUGCACAACGUGGCCCUCAGGGGCUCAGAGCCCCAGAUUCGCCGCAGCACCAGCUCCUGCAGCGACACCAUGAGCACUUUCAAGCCGGCGGUGGCGCCCAGGAUGGGUGUGCAGCUCAAGCCCCCGGCCCUGCGGCCGAAACCUGCUGUUCUCCCAAAAACAAACCCCACAAUGGGGCCCGCCCCGCCCGCCCAGGGCCCCGCAGACAAGUCUGGCACCAUGUAGCCACCUGCGCGAGGCCACCCGGAGGUGAUCGAGGCGAGGACGGGUCGGUGACAAAGGUCACUGACCCACAGUGUCCCCUAGUUUGUGCUUAUAACUGGAGACCUUUUGGCUUUUCUGUGUUCUCGAAUGUAACGUCUGAGACUGGCCACGUAACACGGCAUUUGUAUUUUGUAAUUUUUUUUUUUUUUAAGAACUGGACAUAGCGUAUGUCAUUUCAAAGACAAUAGAAACACUUAGACUUACUUGAAAAUCCAAUGCUGCACCAUUUGUCAUGAAGGCAACACUGCCCUCCCGGCGCACAGAGCUUCCGAGCCAGGCGCGGGAGCGCGGGCUCGACGGCUCAGGGGCCUGAUCGCGGCCGGCCGGAGCGUGACCCGCGUGUCUGCGGCCCUCUGGGCUGGGACUGACUAGUGACAAAUGCACGGUCGCUCGCUGGCAGCACCUCAACCCCAUAUGGGGGCGCGUCCCGCUCAUGCUUAAGACCCCGCAGUGGCCGCUGUGCGGUGUCCCCGGCCGCGCGCUGGAGCAAUUUCCUCUUUCAUGGAAUCGUUUCCCUGGGUCCAGGGUCAAGACGCAGUGGCAGGAGAGCUCCCCGGAGCUACUCGUGUGGCUCCACCACAGCCUGAUCAGGCCCAGAAGGUCUCCAGGCCGCCCUGCUCCCAGAAGGAUCAGAACAGCCUGACCUGGACGGCGCUGGGAAUACCCUGCUCGAAACUUCAGACAUCUGCUGUUCAGAAGCUGCCUAGGGACUGGGUCUCGCGCCCCCCCGCCCUCGUGCUCCCCUCUAUGGAAACAGAGACGCAAGAGCACACCAGGCCUCGGUUCCCUCAGCCUUCUCUUCCGACCAUGUGACCGCAGGCCCUGCCCGCCCCACGGAGCCUGAUGGCCCAGAUGCGGCCCAGCUGUCCUCGCCUCUGCCCACUCGGGACGGCGUGGUGCUGGAGUGAGGGGUGUUCCCGGCUCGGCUGCAGGGCUCCCCUGUGAUUCCAGGGGGAUUUUCUCCCAACGCUGUUCUUUUUUCACACGGUCUCUACACAACUCGCAUCACCGGGCCCCGCAGGGCCACUCUUUCUCGGACGUUCUAGCUCAUGAUCAUCUUGCUGUAGCUCCUACUUAAAUGCUCUGUUUUCUCUCUAUCUUAAAAAGGUUGCUUUGAACUCAGUUGUUUUUACUAAGGUACAAGCCACACCCUCUGCCAGCAGCCGCUUGCGUCAUCGGUAACGCUGUGAGCAUUUUUGGUUACUUUAUCAUGGGACUUACUGAUGAAGAGACUUUCUGAACAAAGAAGAACGGGCGGCCCAGGACCCACCCCUCUGGACUCCGCCGUUUUCCCUCCAGGUCUGGUUCCAAACUGGCAGCCAGGUGCACGCCCACCUGAAAGACACAGCACAGACUCAUUUCUCAGCCCCUCCGUGAAUGUAUCUCGUGGGAAAGGAUGGACUGAAAUUCAACACCCUGACUCUGAUCUCUACCUCAGUUUGCCGUCGAAUCAUUCUAUUGCAGAGAGAGAUUAAAUCCAUGAAACGCCGCCUCCUUUCAGAGCCACACCCUGGCCCGCUGCCUGUCUCACAAAUGGGUUGCAUAGAAAUUUAUUUUCCUGAGUAUUUCCAGGGGUGGUGAACUCUUAAACCUGAAUUUUCAGAGUGAUUCUUUCUGUGCAUUUUGGGGAAAAGCCCCAGCUCAGCGCCGCGUGCAAGCCUCACCACUUUUCCUGGGAGAUCGUGGUCCUCGACGCCUGUGGGUGCCACGGCGAGCCCGCCAGGACUGCGCGUUGACUGUUGCUAACCCUGUAAACAAUCGCCCCAAAGUCCGAGACACUUAAAUUCUCCUGAACAAUCUCCCAGUUCUUUCUGGAUCCCACUUUCUCAUUCUCUGUUGUUGGAUGGGGAGACAAGCAGAAAAUAAAGGUGGAGCAGUGGGGGUGGGGGAGGAGGGGACAAAUCUUUUAGAAAAGCUAAAGUGAAAAGGACUCCUAAAAAUCAUUUUCCACCUUUGAUGGGGGAGUAAGAUGUUAAACAGGCAGGAUCCAAACGGCAGAGGUUUGGAUUUAGUCAUCUUGGGGGGUUCUUCCGCAAGCUUUAACUUAGCUUCUCACAUCGUCGGUAGCUCAUCUCUCCAGACCUCUCCCUGGGAGCUGCUCAGCGUCUCUCCUGAGGGUGUCUGCGCCUGCAGGGACCGCCUCGCCACCCACCCCGGGUCAGGGCUGUGCCGCCUCAACGGCAGGCGCACGCUGCUGCAGCCCCCAGAGCCUCAGAGGCUGUGCCUUCUUCAGGAUCAGCACCUCGCAGCCCGGCCCCUGCUGCUGCAGCCAGCUCUGCCCCCCAUGCUCCUGAGGUUUGUUUUUUGUUUGUUAGGGUUUUUGUGUGUUUGGCUGAUUUUAUUUUGCAAUUUCCAGGAAGGGUUGUGACGUCAGAGAAAGGAAGGAGUCAUGUGUCUCUCUCACUCUGUUUAGUAAAGUCUUAAGAUUCUAGGGUUAAGACAAGGCGACCACUUCACCAAAAACCCAAACUCCUCAGUAAGUUCUGAAAAAGCUUCAGCAGCUGAGCGGGAUCACCUGGUGCCCGCGUGGCCCUUUUUUUUUUUUUUUUUUUUUUUACAGCCACAGGUGUAGCGCGUAGCGGGGGGAUGGGAAGGCGCCAGGGACAGGAGAGAGGAAAGAAAAUGAGUCCCUGGGUUGCUUUUGCUUUGCCCCCCGGUUCAAGGAUCUUCUCAGUCCGGGUGUGCAGCUUGGGAAGGACCAUCUCGCGGGAGGGUGAGUGACGGCUCUGCCAAGCCCCCCGGCUCCCCCUCCACCAGCGUGUGUGCUCACGCUUCUGCAGCGGCGGGUCCCGCCCGGCCUCACCACAGGAGCCGUGUGGAGUGGCCUGGCUGAGGCCUUCUAGGAGUGGAGCGGGAGGACGGAGUGAAAGGUCAUUCGUGCACAUUUUCGGAUGAACAUUCUCUAACAUUCAGUUCAAACUCCUAAAUGACCCUUUACAGACCGCUGUGUUCACGCUCAGUCUCAACACCGUGGUCGGGAGCUGUGCACAUUUUACACACCGCAACCCGCCUCUGGGGCCCCGGGCUCGGCCCCACUGACCUGCAGUGCGCGGACAGUCGUCCAUGGCUGCCCAGCAGCAAGGCCCAAACCAAAUCAGUGAAGAGUUUUCUGUCCUUGUACUUUGGCCGUUCCCCCAGGCGGAUGCGUAAUUUACUUAGGGAAAAGGAAAGUGGGGUGGUGGAGUAGGGGUCUCCUUGGCGUUCAGGAUUGUCAUACAGACUCUGGGGUCUGCCUGCUGAGGAACCGUUAACAGGUCACCACAGCCUCUGCUGAAAAGCAUGUGGGUCUGCUGAGAGGGCCAGAACACUUAGGGUCUGAGGUGACCCUUGUUUUUUCUUGGCCACGCUAGAGGCCGCGAGUGCAGGAAAUGCCCUUGGGGUCGAGUCUAACUCUGAGUCCCCCACCCCAGAGCCCUGAGCCGCUGGAGCAUCCUGGAAGUGAAGACUCUACCCUCGUGUACAUAAAGCUCCUUGUUCCAGACCGUCCCUGAGCUGAAAACCAACCUCCAGCUGGGCUGGGGUGACGUUGACAGAGUUUUGUUCAGUAAAACAACUGGAAAUUGAGCUUUCACUUACCCUAGCAUACUUUUUUAAAAAACUAGUCUGUGGUAUAAUCGAGUUGGGUACCUGUAUCUUUAAAUUACUAGGGAAUUUUGUAUGUUUAAAUAAUUGUACUGGGUUCCAUAAUGCUUAUCUUAGAAACUGUUUAGUAAAAGAAAAUAUAUCAGCCGUGCGUUUGUGAAUGCCCCGUAGAGCAUUCGGCCAAGUCCGGUGUGUAGUGCGAUGGUCGCUCUAGAUGUCUGAAGUGUCGUCAGUGGCUGUGUCACGGGAGAGACUCGAUGUCCCUGCGGACGGAAGGGUAGCUCCUGCCCGGUGAUGAAGUCAGUAUUGUCCCCUCCUGUCGUUCUGAUCAGUUGCAGUUCUGGUGGCUUCCUGCUUGUGACUGUUCCCUACCGUGUCGAUGUACAUGCGUAGUAUGUACACGUGCAAGUGCCUUUCUAUCUUAGGAGUCUUCGCCUUGCUCCUGCCCUGCGCCCUCCUCCCUGCCCCGACCCCUGCUGCCCCCCUUGGGUGUUUGUGAACUUCCCUCCCCUCCCCAGCUGCUUCCCUCCCCGCCUCUCUGUGCCUCAGUGCUCAGUUCUGUCCGUCCUGCAUCCUUGUCGCUCAUCAGACUGUCUCGUUUUCCUGUAGCCGUGACUGUGCCUUUCCAGCCCGUCCCCCACCCCGCACCCCCGCCCCACAUGCCACCCCCCGGCUCACGUGCUGCGACUGCCGUCCUGUGCGCCCCGGCUCUGCGCCGCCUCUCCCCAUUCCAUCCCCGCCGCCGGGAGGUGACAACACAGGGGACGCUUUCACGGUUCUGGAAGAAAACAAUGUUUGUUCCUCUGUUGUGACGAUGCACUUUUAUGUAUAGGACUGUACACUCGGCAUGUACCGUUCCAGGCUUCCGCCGUCAGGUCUGCUCCCCGCGGUGUAUCUUUCUAAUAAAUAAGAUAGUUCUGGCUCCUUUGUCUGCUUCCGGCCUGCUGUGCCUCUCCACGGCGUGUCCGUCCCUGACCGCCGCUUGCCCGGCCCAGAGGGGUGAGUGGCGUGACCGAAGGUGAAGCCCUCUCCUCUGCAAAACUGCUGGAUCUCGCGUUUUUAUUGGUGAAUCUGGAAACGAGGCCCGGUGUAUGGGGCCUUCCCCAUGAAACCGUGGGUUUUUCAGGGACAUGCUUUGGUGACCCCUGCGUGGCAGCCCAGGGGGUUGGGAGGCCGGGAGAAUCCCAUCCUGCUGGACACACAUCAGACAGAUCUUCCCUUUGAGAUGGGUUUUUUUCCUGUCCUAGUUAAACCUUGCCAAGCUGCCCUUCGGUUUUACGUGGAUAAAGUGAAAUGCCGUCUGUAGGUAUAGAAUCACAGCAUUCAGAAUUCCCCGAUGCGCUGAGGUUUUUUCUCCAAACUGGAGAAAGAAAAGGCUAACUCUUGAAAUCCAGCAGUACCUCAGAGUUUUAUAAAAUUGUAUCAGCAAUGAAUGUUGAUAAGACUGAAUAUUGAUGAGAUUGAAUAUUGAUGAGAUGUGGAAUUAAAAGUUGACGUUUAAUUGAAGAGAGGAAAACUACUGGAGGUGUCAAAUAUACACAGAAAAGUGCACAAAUCAUUCAUGUCAGAGUUCUCACCAAGUGACGUGCUCACGCAUCCACCACCCGGAUCAAGAGAUCACUCACCCCCGCAGCCCAGAAGCUACGGGCGUGUCUCUCCAAAGUAAAUCAAGAGCCUGAGGAUUAGCACCUGUGGCUGGGUUUGCCUGCGGCUUCAACGUUCUGUAAACGGGCUCUGUGUUGAUUUUGUAUCUGGCUCUUGCUGAGAGUCGUCCGGAUAGUAACAUAUUACAGGCGUUUCCUUUC